UAUCACCACAGCUGAACCUCACUUUCCAAUCCCCUCCUCCAAACAAUCAAUCAGUCCUCAGGCACGCGACAAUCACCACCACCACUACUUACCACCACCAUGCCUCCUCGCCUCUCCCUCCUCCUCCCCCUCCUCCCGCCAGCAGCGCGCCCGCGCCCGCACCGCCUCCCCGUCCUCUCCCUCGCGCCCCUCGCGAACGCCCCCGGCCGCCGCCCUUCCUCGUCCUUCACCCCGCGCCCCUCGCCCCCUAAACUCCCCGCCGACCAGCAAGCCGAGUUCGAGCGCCUGCAGCGCGCCGCCGCCGUGUCCUCCGCCUUCCAACAGACCCCCUCCGCCUCUGCCACGCCGCCGAGCACGCAGCAGCCCCGGCACGCCACCAACCCCGUCGACGCGGCAUCGUCCUCUGCCGCCGCUACGAACAGCGCCAGCAGCAGCAGCAGCGGCAGCAACAGCGACGCAGACGUCAACCAGGGCAUGUUCCGCGGCGCCCCGCCCGAGUUCGAUGGCGACGUGAACCCCAAGACGGGCGAGGUCGGCGGGCCCAAGAACGAACCCCUCCGAUGGGGUGGCGGCGGCGAUUGGAGCUACAACGGGCGCGUCACCGACUUUUGAGCCGCGGCGUGGCGACGGGUUACGAUGGUGAUGACGAGCGGAGCGGUUUCCUCGUUUGCGCGAGGGGGUCAAGAUUUCAGCGACGGAGGCCAGACCUCCGCGACCACUGUACAACAACACCUUGUAUCAAACUGCAUGGACAUGUCAAAAUGUACAAUUAGAUGUUAUCGAGUUUGGGUAUUCGCGUCAAGCACACACGCACGCCCGUGUCCCGCUGCCGCUUGGGGAAUCCAAGCACAUGCACACAAUAUGGCAUGCAAUUGGC